ACUUCAGCCUGAGAAGGAGCUAGCCGGAACAGGAAACGACCUGGUGUGGAAAGUCAAUGAUCGAUUUUAUCCCGUAUUCAGCGUGACGUGAAGAGCUGCGCGAGUCGAUAGGUCAGAAUAUCGGUGUAUAGAAUCCCCAAAUGGGUUUGAUGUUGCGAUACGUACCCUUGGGUUGCCAGUCAUCGCCCGCGGCACUAAAAGACGGAUGCUUUGCGCGGUGAGCCACAACUCGACUGAUCACAUUUUUUUUCUUGCAGCGGAUAGUCUAGUGAUCCUCGUACUGAACUACAAGACAGGUCUUAACUCUGAUCGCUUGUGGAUCGGCUUGGUAAGUCAUUCUAGUGCCAUGGCAGGCAGGAUCAUGACACAUGGCACUGUCAUUCGAGUGAUGGGUGAUGUGGUCUCGAAGCGCAUCGCACCGACAAUCUCUUGGCCCGUAGUGCAGCGCUCAGAUCCCCGAGUCUGCAAGCCACUCUGGAAGAAUACACUUCCGCAUAAUUCUGUCCGUACGGGGAAUUUUGCUGACUGCACGUCUCCCGGAACGGUAAUCGCAUCUCACGGCCUCCGUGGAAUGAAAGCGAUAGGAAAAACGAGGGAGGCGCCUGAGGAAGUCGCAAUUUGUUUGCUUGGGCAAAGAGGUAGCAACCGCGGCAACAAGUAACAAGUAACAAGUAACGGAACUUGCGUUGCCAACUUUCCCCGCAUCCGAGUCAGGGCGGCCGUUAUUUUCCCUGAUGCAUCAUUUCCCUUUCCCCAUUCGGUGACUGCAGCAGUAGCUCCCUGGGUGUCAAACCCUGUCAGUAUGCAAGUAGAUCGGCAAAUCAUCGACAGUCG